AUGGCCAGGCGCCCAGCAAGGCCCUUUGGGGCCUUUUCCAGCAGCUACAGGAGCGGGUGCGCCGGGCUCCGCGGCAGUCGGGCGCGCAGCGACUGUCAAAGCGACAGCGCCUGCAGAUUGCACGGCGUGGCAAGUGAAGGCGUGCGGUGCAACAUGCUCCAGCUGCCGAGCACACAAGCUCUGUACUGCGCGCAAAGAGAUGCCCAUUGCGCUUUGUCAUGCUACAGCUGUAGACGGACCUCUGCAGAGCUCGAAAGUCCCUUCAUGCAGCUUGCCGAACGUGCCUGA